AUGAUCAACAGGGCAUGCAGCUACGUGAUGCUUGAGCAGCUCUUGACCAAGCUGGACAUUGAGCGCGGAGACUGGGAGCUGCAGGUACAGACCACCUUCCCGAAUCUGAUGCCUGUAUUUGAAACCCUUAGCGAGUAUGCCUUCGAUGAGAUUAAUGACUCAGAGGUUCCACUCAUUCUGUGCCGAGAGCCCGAGGAGGAGCGCAUGGAGACUUUGCGCUCAUGGAUUUUGCGAAUAUGCCAUGUCAUCCGCACGGUGGCGUUCACAAAUCAAUCUCGCCUCAGCUUUGCGAGUGAUGGCGGACAGACAACUUUCGGCGAAGUGGAGGAGGAGAACAUCUUUGAGAAACUCUUCGAUGACACCGGAGAAAUGCUUCUGGCACGCGCAUGUUGCGCUUCGCUGCUCAACAUUUUGCAGGAGAUCUUCACGCGCCAAGAUGACAUCGAGGAAACCUGGCAACGGUGGACACCAGCACAACAAACUAGCCAUCAAUUCUUGAAGUCGUUCGUUGUGGAGAAGGCUAUGUUCUUCUGCCCCUUCAGUGUGGACAGGGACAUGAAGAAGAAGGUCAGGCUGCGACUCACCCGCUUCUUCGAGGACGCGCAAGUUGAGCCAACUGACCCACUGCGAUUGGUACCAGAAAUGCUGUACCAUCCUGAUGUGUGGUUGCGCCUAGAAGCGCUCAAGCUUGGCUGCAAGCUUCUGGAAGAUGCGGAUUUGAACCUGCAGGCGGCCUUCCGCAAGUUUGACUCGCCACAACUCAACCUCCAGAAGGCGUUGGCAUACCAGUUCAGCAGCUUUCAUCAUCACGAGCAGCAUGGCGACGACGAGACCCGCGUCAUGGAUGUCAUGCUGAGGAAGAUUCAGAACUUGUGUGAAGGCCACAACUCUGAGCUACAGGCGUUCGUCGGCGAGGAUCUUUCAAUUGAAGACAAGGAUUUCGCAACUCUGUUGGCCGAGUACUUACAGAGGAAUGAAGAUGAUGACGAUGACGACCAAGAUCGUGGCGUGGAAGGUCCCACCAAUCUGGUCGAGUGGAUCUGCACCCUCGCCAGACAAACUAUCGAGCAGAUGAAGUCCGACCAGCAGUGGCAAGUGUCAAUGAGCGGCUCAGAGACAAAAUACUCCAUGUUGAAGCAACUGUUCGACACAGCAGCGGAAAUUGUACAAGGCCCAGACAGGGGCAAUCAGCGUCUGCUUCUGGAAAGUGAAAUUCUCCUCGAUGUGAACCAGCUCUGGAUCCGACAGCGAGCUGAUGAAUUCACGUUCCGUGCGCUCCUGCAAGACAACGAAGAUUUGUUCGAGUCCUUCAUGAAGCUGUUGCGCUCCAUGCGAAAUUGUGAGAUCUCUGUGCUGAAAUUCCUGAUGUCUCUUCUUGAAGAAGAAGAACUUGACCCAGAGGAUCCAAAUUACAGGCAGAUCUCCGAGGAGGUGGUGGAGCACAAAGGAUCCACAAUUCGACGCAUGGUCGAGGAGUUGAGUCCUAAGAUCAUAUGCGACAAGGUCAUCACACACUGGAAUCUCUCUCCAGAGGUUCAUGACCCGACAAACAUGAUCAAGCCCGUCCAGGAUGCUGAUGAGGUGGUGGAGAAUGACACUGCCGAGCCGGUGAUCCGGACAAAAGGCGAGAAAGAGUCAACAGACUACACUCUCCCAGAGCAGGAGGAGCACUGCUUGGAGAUAUGCUUUUUAUGCUGGGCACUUUUUGAAGGAAUCCAACAAGCACCAGAAUUUGGCAACAGGAGCUUCUUCAAAGGAACCCUGGAUCGCAAGAUGCGGAAUCCGGUUCUUCACAGCCGCAACCAGUGGGCCACGUCGAAGACGAAGAUUUAUGACACCUUCACGGAAGGCGUCAGCAAGAUGCACCACAGCAAGUACCUCCACUUUCUGUUCGGUCGGGUCGAGAUCCAGCGCGGCCAAAGACUGCAGAAGUUGUUCUUUCUAGUCCCGGCGGCCAUUCGAACUUUGAAGGGUCAAUCACUCAUCAAGGACUGGCAGGAGGGCUGCAUCAACUCCGUGGAUCGCAGUGGACCUGAAGCGAAGCUCCAGGAUUUUUCCGAGCAAGUUUGGGAUGAGUACAUUGGCUUCGUGGAACACCAGUACAAUCUUUCUCAGAAGCCGUUUCCUUUGAACGCAUCAGGAGAAGUCAUGGCCGCAGCCCGAAGCAUAAUUGUGCUCCUCACUAUCAUUAUCACCGGCACGGUUGCGCUUGUCUAUGACGGGUCCUACUCAAAGGAGCACAAAAUGGGAGAGUACAACGUUCACUACGCCAAGGAUUGGUAUGUUUGGGUCCUGACUGCUUUGAGCACGGCACAUUUCAUUUGCGCCGUUCUGCUGGUGCUUUUCCACGUCGUCGCCUACUCACAGUGGAAGAUCGACACCGGCAUGGACCAGUGGAAGGAGGAAAAUCCACAUUCGCAUCACAGGCUGAACGGGAUUUUCGGUGCCAUUCUGAUGCUGUGGUUCUUCCUUCAGGACUCCGGAUUGGUAAACAAGCUAUUCUUGGCGGGGAUCUCCUUCUUAGGUCUCCACUUCGACUUUUUGAUUUUCUCCAUCCACCUCAUGUACGUGUGCGCACAGGUGGAGACCUUGGGCAAGGUUUUUGAGGCCCUGUGGAUCACCAAGGAUCAGGUUGUAGGCACCGCAGUACUUGGCUUCUGUGUCCAGUACUGCUUCUUGGUGUUGGGUUUCCUGACGUUCUCCAAAGGCUACGGCUUCGCUGACAUGGACACCUCGGAGUGCUCCUCGCUGAUGGAGUGCCUGCUUGCCCACUUGGAUUAUGGCUUCCGUUCGGGGCCCGUCUGGUCGUCCGCAGAGCUGACUUGGUGGAAGUUUGCUUUUGACUACCUGUACAACUUGGUGGUGAUCCUGAUCUUGGCUGCCAUCAUCUCCGGAAUCAUUAUUGACACCUUUGCCAACAUGCGAGCUGAUCUAUCAGAGAAAAAUGACGACCAGGAAAACAAUUGCUUCAUUUGCGGCAUCAACCGGUCGCAGAUGGAGCGACAGAUGGUGAAGUUUGAACAUCACGUUUUUCAGGAACACUACAUGUGGAGCUAUGCUCGCUUUCUUAUGUAUCUCAAGCAGGCAAAGGACUCUGACUUGAACGGCCCAGAGUCCUUCGUUAAAGCCAAGGUGACUCGGCAGGACUACACGUUCUACCCGGUCAAUCGGGCUCUGACCCUCGAUUCAGAUGACGCCGAGGACUACACAGAGCGCCAAGUUCGUAUCAAAGACUUGGAAGAGAUGCGUGGCUCUGUGCGGCAGUGCACCGAAACCUCACAGCAUAUCCUGCAGCUCAAGAGAGAGCUCAAGACAGUCAUGAAAGAAUCCAACGAGGCAGUUGCCGACAUGCAGAUGCGCCUGCAGCUGCUUACGGGCGACGUGCACAAGAAGGUUCAAGAGGCGAUGCUUCAGAAAGCAGCCCAACAAGCUGCAGGAGAGAAGUGA